CUUCUCUGGUCUUCCACAAAGUGAAUAGAUAAAAGUUUCCUAUGCAAAAGAAAAUACUGAAUACUCUUCCUGGUAAAAGAUUAGCGGUCCCUCAGAACGUAGAGUCAGAAGACAGAGCCAACUCCCGAAGGCCUGCUCAGUUCCCAGGGUUUCCACGAAACGAAAGAUGCUGGGGUCUCAUAUCCCACUGUGCAUCUCAGACACCGGGGGAGGAGGCUCCGCGACUGACUCAAGCUAGCGUUUCUCCUGCGGACCUGCGAACAGACUGCUGGAUGGGCGGCCAGCUAAAGACACGAUCAUAGCCACCUUGAGGGAACCCGCUAACCCAGAGCGAUCGGACUUUGAAAACAGGCUCAAGUCCCACAAGCCUGUGCUGCCGGAAACGGAAAGUCUUGGGCGAGCUGGCGAUUGGACGCAGAGCCGGAAGCCGGAAACUGUAUAGUGACGCCCGCGAUGGCCGAAGCGGCGGGUGUUGCAGCGGAGUCCCUGGCUGGCUGCAGGGCGCGGGCAGCGCGGACGGUGCUAGAUCAAGUGGUGCUGCCGGGCGAAGAGCUGCUGCUGCCAGAUCAGGAGGACGGAGAAGGCUCAGGAGGUGCAGGGGAGCGACCGCUGCGCCUAAACGCCGCAGCGCGCUCCCGGGGACGCGUGGUGUGCGGCCCAGGCUUGCGGCGCUGCGGCGACCGACUGCUGGUCACCAAGUGCGGCCGGCUCCGUCACAAGGAACCCGGCAGUGGCAGCGGUGGUGGCGUUUACUGGGUGGACUCGCAGCAGAAGCGGUAUGUCCCGGUGAAAGGAGACCAUGUGAUUGGCAUAGUGACAGCUAAGUCUGGAGACAUAUUCAAGGUUGAUGUUGGAGGGAGUGAGCCAGCUUCCCUGUCUUACUUGGCAUUUGAAGGUGCCACUAAAAGAAACAGACCUAAUGUGCAGGUCGGAGAUCUCAUCUAUGGCCAAUUUGUGGUUGCUAAUAAAGAUAUGGAACCAGAGAUGGUCUGUAUUGACAGCUGUGGACGAGCCAAUGGAAUGGGUGUGAUUGGACAGGAUGGUCUGCUUUUUAAAGUCACUUUGGGCUUAAUUAGAAAACUGUUAGCUCCAGACUGCGAAAUCCUACAAGAAGUGGGAAAACUCUACCCCCUGGAGAUAGUAUUUGGAAUGAAUGGAAGAAUAUGGGUUAAGGCAAAAACCAUUCAGCAGACUCUGAUUUUGGCAAACAUUUUAGAAGCUUGUGAACACAUGACAGCAGAUCAAAGAAAACAAAUCUUCUCCAGACUGGCAGAGAGCUGAAGACCUAUAUGGGCUUUUUUAUGGCUCAGCUGAACUGAGAGACUGGGUUUCCUGGGAAAAAGGUUUCUCAGGUGAAUUCCCCAUUAAAUCUUCAGGAGACAAGAUGUGAAUGUACAUAUUGUCUAUUACAGUCCUAAAUAAAAUGCUUUUAUAAAAAAGUUACUGGUUGCCACCCAAAUUCUUAUGGGUGAGAAAAAUCAUGAAGCCAUGAUGUAGUUUUCUGUUUUUUACAAUAAAGUUUACUCACAGUUAC